AGGCAGUUUCGCCCGUCGCUAUUGGCUUAGUCGGUAUUAAAGAUCGACUUCACGUGCGCCUACCCCCUUAUGUGUCACCGCAAACAGCUGACGGGAGCAGUUCUGAGAGAGAGAGAGAUGGCGGGCGUGUAUCGGAUCAAUUGUACCGCGUCGUGCGUCAAACAAACUGCCUAGGAUACUAUUUUCUCCGUAAAUGUUUAAAUAAAUACCGUGUUACUUAUCAUGGCGUUUCUGGAGUGGAGGCGUUUUAAUUUCUUCGACCUGAAGAAGGAGGUUGACGAGGGAAAGAUCGCCGAGGUGUUCGGAGAUGCGCAAGUCACAGCAGCCACCAGCGGCAAUGGCAAUCUGGUAUUCGGUGAUAACACGGGCAACGUACAUUUAGUAAACAGGGCGUAUGAGGUGACAACUUUUCGAGCCUACGAGCUCAUGCUGACUUUAGCCCAGCAAGUUCAACAUUCCACCUUCCUGUUCACUAUUGGUGAAGAUGAGCCUGGUUGCAAUCCUACCAUAAAGGUUUGGAAUCUGGCCAAACCUGACAAACAUGGCAAUCCGACAUGUGUUCGAAUAAGCAGAGCCAUACCUAGUUACAGAGCAGUUCCAGCAACAGCUCUGUGUGUCCACACUAGUCUCAUGUUAAUGUCUGUUGGCUUUGGAGAUGGUUCCAUCAUGUUGUAUAGGGGUGACUUGACUCGAGAGAGGAAAAAUAAGAUAAAGGUCCUGAAAGAUACCAAUCUGUCUAUCACUGGUCUCGCCAUAAGAUCGACCGGCAAGCAGACGCAUCUGUUCGUCGCUACGCAGAAUAGUGUGUUUUUAUACAAUAUUACUGUUAAGGAUAAAGAACUGAAAUCCACCUUGGACACUAUGGGCUGUGCGCGGAAAUGCAGCGUGCUCGCUGAAUCGAUACAGGACAGUCACUUUAUGAUCGGGCGCAAUGACGCUAUCUAUUGUUACACACCGGACGGUCGGGGCCCGUGCUAUGCGGUGGAGGGUCAGAAGAUAAUGCUGGAAUGGUUCAGGACGUACCUGGUGAUAGUGGCGAAAGAAAUGAUGAAUGUCCCGAGGACGACGACUAUAUCUGGCAAAUCGAACACAAUAGAGCCGAUACCACCUGGUGUAGACAAGCACGUAAUUACUGUGCUCGACAUACAAAACAAAUUCAUCGUGUUCUCCGCGCCGAUGUUGUCUGUUCAGGCGGUCCUAUCCGAGUGGGGUGGAUUUUUCAUACUCAGCGGAGAUAACAAGCUGUAUCAUUUAGACGAGAAGGACUUGCAGUCCAAAUUAGCGUUACUUUUCAAGAAGAAUUUAUACGAUGUUUCUAUCAGAAUAGCUAAAAGUCAGCAAUACGACGCUGAAGGCCUCAUAGACAUCUUCCGACAGUACGGCGAUCAUUUGUACUCCAAGGGUGAUCAUAACGCCGCGAUAGAGCAGUACAUAAAAACUAUAGGCAAAUUAGAGCCGUCUUACGUGAUAAGAAAGUUCUUGGAUUCUCAGCAUAUCGAUAACUUAACGACGUAUCUGCAAGCUUUGCAUAAAAACGGGCAAGCGACUGGGGAUCAUACUACCUUGUUGUUGAAUUGUUACACUAAACUCAAUCAUACUGACAAAUUGAAGGAAUUUAUCAUGACAAAAGAUCGCGAAGUCGAUUUCGAUGUAGAAAUAGCGAUAAAAGUGUGCCGCCAAGCCUCGCCCGAGGAUGCUUUAUUGCUCGCGCAGAAGCAUGGCAAGCACGAGUGGUAUCUACGAAUUCAAAUCGAAGAUAAACGGGAAUACAGAAAGGCACUCGAAUACAUCGCAACGUUAGAAUUCGAAGAGGCAGAAGCUAAUAUGAAGAAGUACGGUAACGUCUUAAUUGAAAAUGUGCCAAAUGAGUCGACUCUAUUUUUGAAAGCCUUAUGCACGAAUUAUAAACCUUCUAAUAAACCUCUUGUAGAUCAGGAAGCUCUGGAUGGCUAUAUAGAGCAGCGCGUUGACAAGGCCAAUCCCGAAGAUUUUAUCCACCUAUUUCUAAAUAAUUCCGAACGGCUCGUAGAAUUUUUAGAACAUUUAGUCAAAUCAGACACAAGAUGGAGCACACUCGUCUAUAAUACAUUAGUAGAGCAUUAUUUGCACGUAUGGUCGGCUUUAGAUAACGACGUAGCUAAGAUACAAUAUGAACAAAAAAUCGUCCGGCUUCUGCAGAAUACGGAAGCCCGUUACGACAAACAUCAAAUAUUAAUACUCUGUCAUCAGCAUAAUUUCAGGAAAGGAUUGCUGUUCCUUUACGAGGAGAGCAAAUUAUAUCAAGAGAUAUUGAGAUUUCACUUGCGGGAGGGAGACGGUGAACAAAUUCUAGCGACGUGUAAAAGUUUCGGUCACCAGGAUCCUAACCUGUGGGUACAAGCCUUGUGGAGCAUCGCCAAGAACAAGGACGCGCCAACGAAACUUCUCGCGGACAUAUUAGCUUAUAUCGCUCAGGAAAGACUGCUGUCUCCUUUGAUGGUCAUUGAUGCGAUCUCCACAUCAUUGACUUGUACAUUGGGAGACGUUAGAACGUAUUUGUACAGUGUAUUACGAGCGGAACACGAACAGACUCAGGCCGACGUGGAGUUAACGGAGAAGUACAGGGCCGAUACUCUGAAGCUGCGUGAGCGCAUAGAGGCAAUAAAGAACAGCACGAUAAUCUUCCAAGGUUCGCGAUGCAGCGCGUGCCAUCAUCAGCUGGAAUUACCGUCUGUGCAUUUUAUGUGUCAACACUCGUAUCAUCAACAUUGCUUUCAAAGCUUUUCGGAGAAUGAGAACGAGUGUCCGGCGUGUCUGCCGAACAACAAUAAGUCGCUGGAUAUUAUAAGGGCGCAGGAGCAAUCGAAAGACCUGCACGACUCUUUCCACAGUCUUCUCGACCAAGCGGAGGACCCGUUCUCUUUGGUAGCUGAUUACUUCGGCAGAGGCGUGUUCAAGAAAUUAAUGGUGAUCACCGAUACGGACAAAUCAUUAACUACUACUCAGACCAAAUUGGAGGAACCUAAGUUUAAUUACGGCGCGGAAGCGAGGCUCAGGUUGAGCGAAGGGAAGAGUUCUCUGUCAGGCAAAACGGAUCCACGACAAGCCGCAUACGAAAUUCACAUGGCGGAGGAGCGCUUACGAAGUUUCACGAAACCAGACGCGUACUCCUCGUCGUUGGAGGCCAAUAUCUCGGGCACGGGUAGCGGCCUGUCGACACCGCGGGUCAGUUCGGCGAAAGCCUCGCCGAUACCAAUCAGGGAAGCCCGUAUUCUGAACAGCAGCACGCCAAGGUCGUCGCCGAUCGAGAAGUUCUUCAUCCCGCCGAAGAACUCCAUCGUGCCGUCGAAUCCCUUCGAGACCGACGACUACGACGAGUCUAAGAAUCCCUUUGCCAAAGACGACGACAACGACGACGACGCGAACAAUCCGUUUAAGGACGACGUCGACAAGGCUGGCAAUGAUGAUGAAGAUCAUUACAAUAGAAAUUUGAAUCCGUUCAGUAGAUAAACGAUACUCUCGGUGUGUCCUGCGAGCGAUUCGAUGCGAGAGAAAACGUAAGACAUGUACCGACAUCUACGUACACCGAUAAAUGCUUUACGAUACGUAAGAAGAAGAUAAUAUCAUUUAAAUACAUGCUCGAGGGAUGAGUAUUACGCGCGCGAUAAACCUAAUAUACUACGUGUAAGCUUGUAUAGUACACAUUUCAAUUUUGUAUGCCGCAAACCUGAAUUAUUAGUUAGUAUUGUGUUGCUCGCAACUUCCCCAAAAAUAAGUCGACCAAGUCAUCGGCCGGAUUAAAAGACCAUAUUGUGCUGGUUUAUAGAGAAAUGGCUUAAUGUCAAUCUGAAGCGAAUUAGCGACGAAUGCUUGUUAACGUGUUAUGUCGCUCUUUCGGUGAGACGCAAUGUCUAAAAACAGUGCUAGAUAAAAAAAAGUGGUGAAAUUAAUCACACAAAGACUCGAAAAAUUGCGAAAUAAAACUUCAGUGAUGUGGAAAUAUAUUAAUACGCCUUUAUUGUGAUGGUUUGUGACGUGAGAGAGGAGGAGAUGAGACCAAUCGCGAGUUUUUCGGCCACUGCGAAAUCUCUUCUUUCGUCGCGUCGUAUCACGUUCCGCUUCAAAAGCGCUUUCGUUCCGUCACAAUCAUAAUGUAAUCUUUAGGGAUAAAGCGAAUCGAAGCAAAGUGGAACCAAAAGAUUACUGUAAUCAUGCCUUUGUAUGCUGUAUCUAUUUGGAUGAACAGAGAAACAGCAUAUGUAAAAGUAUCCAGAUAUACAGAUAUACAAACUAUAAGAUUGUACAAUUAUACUAGCAAUAAGGGAAUAAAAAGUCACGAAUCUAUAUUU